ACAACGAGGACGUGUUGCUCUUCUUUGUAUCUUUGUUAUGUGUAUAAUCAAUUAUAAACAGUGAAAUGCCUACAGAUAUUAUGUCAAGCUGUCGCACCGAGCACUUCGGACAGGGUUUCAGUAAGAAAACGUGCGAUGCGGAAGUGAAAUCGGGUUUUUUGGUGCUAUUAGGACCGGACGGGUUGAGACAAGACGUGCGCGUGGUCGUAUACAGAACAACCCUAGAGCACUUCGCUGUUAUAUACCCGAGGAAACGUCUCUCAAAGCCGAUUGGGGUUGUGAACUUGAGGAACACAGCUGUCGAGAGAGUUGAUACGAACUGUGGCUUUUUCGUCAGGCAAAGGGGAUAUGAUAACACAAUAUCUGCAAAGUUUCUGUGUUCGGAGCGGGACAUCGAAGCUUGGCUGUCCGCUUUCUCGACCACGUCUUCGCAGACGUGCCAGCACGCGACGAGCCUGCCUGUUCUCGUCGAGACGGAGGAGAGCUAAGCCAUCGAUCCGUUUCGGUUCCUGUGAUUUCCGUUCCUCCGAUGUUUCGUGAGAAACGCCGAACGAGGUUAUGUUUGUUUUGCAAUGUGAUGCGAAAGUGAAAGCUGUUUUUUUUACGAAUGUACGAAAGUUAAGUAUCCAUCAUUGCACCUACAUGCCAGCCGGAGCUUGAAGUUCCGCGAAUCUUAAACUUAAUGAGAAAGUAAAUGUUACCAGUUUUUAAUUAGCUAACUGUCAUCACAUCAAUUUCGUUCGAAUUUCAUUCUUUCGUUCGAUAUUUGAAAAGUGAAACGAAUUAUAAAACACCGUUACAAAAUUAUUUACAUAUUGAAAUGUUCCUUAUUUAACAAUAAGUAUUUGUUUUAAUUUAUUAUCAAUAACCAGUUUUGAAAUGCCAAUGUGUAGAUAAGGGACUGUUUGAAGGCCAAAUAAAAGAGAAAAGUAUAAAGGUGUAUAAUAUGAAAAACACGGUGGAUAGAAAAAUGUUCGCUAAAAAGUAUCUGUUCGAUUAUUUCAUAAGGAAUAAGUUCCAUUUAAGAAACUAUAUUUAUUACCUGGUACGUGUAAAUAAUUAAUAUUUUAUACUUGUAUACCAUCUUAGCGUUUCUUAAACAACGAUGGCAGUUGUAGAUAUCGAUACUUUUUUGUUAGGUUUUUUUAGUAGUACGAAAUUAAAUAAAGACAUUAAAUCGACAAGAACAUUCAUCUCUCAGAUUAUAAAAAAGUAGAUGAAGCGUUCGAAACGUUUUUGUGAAGCAAAAAAAAGAGAUACGAAAGGCGUAACCACGCAUAUUUUUGUUAAUACGGCAAAAGUACUUGCACUUUAAUUAUAUUUAUAU